AUGCACCUCGACCCAAUUCUGCACUCUCUCCCAACCCUCGGCCAACACCAACGCCUGACGCACCGCGUGCCCAACCCGCCCUGCGUCGACGCCUCCUCCCCGCCGCGCUCGCCGCGCGCUGCUGCUGCUGCUGCCGCCGCCGCCGCCGCCGCCGCCGCCGCCGCUGCCCACCACGCUCUGCCCGCCAAUCCAGCGCCUCCACGACCACCCGCUCGCCAAGUGCUGGACGCCCUAUUGGCCACCGCGUGUCUUGCUCGAGCCGCCGCGCCAAAGAGCGACAGACACGAGCCGCGCUCCACCUCCCGUCUGCGCGACGCCCAGCACCACCGUCAGCAGUACCGCGCCGGAACCGUCUUCAUAUGCGCAGCCGCGAUCCGUUCCCGUCACGCUGCUCGCAUCCGCCGGCCUCUCCCCUCCGUUUCCCCCUACCUCCGUAAUGCCCGCGUCCAAGCCCACUCUGCCGUCUCCUCCAUAUCCUCCAAUGCCUCUGCCGCCAACCUCAAGUCGUCCCAGUCCAUGGCGAAUGCACAAGCGCCCGACUUUGCCGCCCUGAUACAGGCUGCAGGCUCUCCGGAGACGGCGUUAUAUAAUCUGUGGCGCGAGAAGCAGAGCCUGGAGAACCACAACCAGCAGCUAUGGCGGAUCGUCACCAAGCAAAAGGACAUGGUGGUGGGCCUGAACAAAGACUUGGAGCGUGCUCUAAAGGACCGAGAGCGCUAUCGCAAGAAGCUGAAGGAACAUCUUGCCCAAGUGCCGCCUUUGCCACAUGCGGCGCAAAGAAUCGACGUUCCAGAUCGGGAGCACAGCGCUUCGCCGGCCUUGAGCGAAGCGCAAGAAGCCGUCUUGAACGGCAGGAACAUCAGCACGCCGGAUGUGAUUCCUGACAGCGUGCGCGCUUUAAAUCCCAAGCUUUCAGUCGAGCAGAACGCGCUGGCUGGCCAAAACUCUUCCGACGGCGGUUCGCUCCCGCUGUCUGCAGAGUCGCCUCCGAUCCAAUCUGCUGAUUCCGCAUCCGCUGAGGCUUCCGUGAAGGAUCCAGCCAGCAGUGAGCCCUCGCCAUUUGAUGGCUCUGCCUCAACCGGCGAGUCGCGAGGUGGUGCAAACGAGCCUCCUGCAAGUGAUCCGGCACGGCCGAGCGACCUUCGUCUCAGAACGCUGCGCGAGGAGGCCGUCGGUAGUGGUUCGCAUGCUUCUUAUGACGAUGCUGUAUCACCCAAGACGACCGUCGCUCACUCGUCGUUUCAUACCAAGACUCCUUCACUUUCGCUGACCGCCCCCACUCCUGUUCUAGGUUCCAGUGGCCUCCCCAGCCCUGAGGAACGCUCCCAACGAAAAGCGCCGCCUGCACCUCUCAUACUCUCGCAGCCCCAGCGCCAGAGCGAAAACGUACAGCAGCCACCUCCCGAAAACCCCCAUUCUGACUCCGAAUAUGGCGAAAUCUCAGAGGUAGAUGAAAUGCCCGUAUUUCAGCGUGGGCGAAAAAAGACUCGGGAGGAGGACGACAAACAGCGCGAACUGCUCGUGCAAAAGGAGCUCGAGGAGCGAAGUAGCUCGAAGAAAAGCAAGAGCAAAAGCAAGAGUAAGAGCAAGAGCAAGAGCAAGAGCAAGCCAAGCCAGGACCAGUCGCCCCCGGAAGACACGGCUAAGCUUGUUGCUUCGGUAUCCCGAUCGCCAGUCGGACUUGGGCUGCCGAGUUCUCCCCGUCUCGCUCAGGCUCCCGGUUCUAUCAACGCGCUGCUCAGCCCUGUCAGCUCCGACGGCUCCAUGAUUGCUCAGCGUAGCAUCAGCACUCCUCUCAUGAGCCCCGGUCUACCUAUAAGCCCGCGUCCGGGCGACCGACCCCCAGGUGCACCAACCCCUCGUCUCCCCAAACAGGAGAUCGUGUCCCCUCCCAUGUCCCCUCGUGGCGCCAAUGGCUUGCCACUUUCUCCACGCGCUCCGAGAGGCCCAAUUCCCUUGCCCCCGCAAACACCGCUUGCUGUUGCCUCGCCCCAUCUCGCACGUGCCGAGCAGUACCAGCCGCAGCCGCAGAACGAAUCCGAGAGACUUGCAGUGCCCAUGACCGGUUAUUCGAGCUCUGAAUCGAACAAGGGUAGUUCCAAUGGAUCGGAACCAGCAUCUCCGGACGGCAUCAGUCGGGAGCUGGUAUCGGAACAGUACCCGCAUCUUCUUCUGCCGCCAAAUGCUCUGCCGGGCAUUCAGGCCAAGGUCUUCUCUUCUCGCUUACGUCCAUCCCGCCACAGUUUCAUGGCUCCCAGCCCGUCCGAGGAAGAUCCGGUUUUCAUUCUUGCCAUUCAUUCUCGCUCGGAUGGGAAGCAGCUAUGGCGUCUCGAGAAAACAAUAAACGCUCUACCGGCGCUGGACCAACAUCUGAAGAAGCUUUGCGAAUUCACCGGCCAGCUUCCGGACCGAAGCUUGUUUACCGGCCACGCCCCCUCGAAGAUAGACGCGCGGAGGGCGGCUCUGAAUGCUUAUUUUGACAAGAUACUUGAUACGCCUAUGGGCGAGAGGGCUGCCUUGGUUCUCUGCGAAUUCUUUUCGACGGACGCUUUCGGUGCUGAGCUGGAGCCUCCACGGUCUUCAACCCUUUCUGUUCCUGAAAAUCCAACUGCGCCACCGACGAAGAACACCAAGGAGGGCUAUUUGACCAAGCGUGGCAAGAACUUUGGCGGCUGGAAGGCUAGAUACUUUGUGCUCGAGGGCACCGAGUUCCGGUAUUUUGAGUCGCCUGGAGGGCCUCUGCUCGGCUCCAUCAAACUCCAAAAUGCCCAGAUCGGACGACAAAACCCGAGGAACAAAGCGAAUCAGCAAGACGACGAGAUGAGGCAUGCUUUCCUGGUGCUGGAACCCAAACGCAAAGAUCCAACCACCAAGGUUUCGCAUAUCCUGUGCGCCGAAAGCGAUGAUGAAAGAGAUGCUUGGAUCGACGCCCUCCUUCAGCACGUGGAAUCGACCGAGGACAAGAGCCAGCAAGCUUCAGGCGAGAUCAUGGGCGAGCCUGGUUCUGCUCGCAGCAACGAGUCUGGCCAGGAGUCUCAACACAGCGGCUCACAACGGGAGAAGAAGCGAGAAAGAAGCCUGGAGAGAAUGAGACAGCUCGAAUCAGUCCAAGGAACAAGCUACGAGAGCACUGUGGCGGCUGACGCGCCAAUCAUGGUCGGCAGAGAAGGUGUACCUUCCCCUCCGUUGGGGGGGUCUUUCCCUCCAGCAGACCGUGUUAUUUCGGGUCCCACGAAUGGUGCUGUAAUCCAGAACGCCGAGCUUUGGGGCAACAGAUCUUUGGUCACGCAAACUCCGCUCAAAGACAAAAAGCGAAGCAUUUUCGGGUUCGGUGGUGGACGGGGGCGGUCGUCCACGGACCUCGCACCUGGACAGGGCCAGGGAGGCUUCGGACAGGGCAUGCCCCCGCGUCAACCGACGCCUCAGCAAGGCAGGCCAGUUUGGGGCAUCCCUCUCGCCGAGGCGGUUGAGGCCACUCAGCCAGAAGGAGUCGACGUCCUUCUUCCCGCCGUCGUUUACCGUUGUCUUGAGUACUUGAAGGCAAAGAAUGCCCAUCGUGAAGAGGGUAUUUUCAGGUUGAGCGGUUCGAACAUCGUCAUCAAGGCGCUUCGGGAACGGUUCAACACGGAACGUGACAUUAGACUCUUGGAAGGCGAGUACUACGAUGUUCACGCCGUGGCCUCGUUGCUGAAGUCGUACCUGCGCGACCUGCCCGUCUCAAUACUGACGAGGGAGCUUCACCUGGACUUCCUCAAAGUACUUGAGAUGGAUCAAAGGUCCGAGAAGAUCGAUACGUUCAAUAUGCUGGUUCACAAGCUGCCGCCUGUCAAUCUGGAUUUGCUGCGCGCUCUUUCAUCGUUCUUGAUCGACAUCACAAACAACUACGACAUCAACAAGAUGACGAUCCGAAAUGUCGGGAUUGUCUUCUCUCCCACGCUCAACAUCCCGGGACCGCUCAUCUCGUUCUUCAUCACCGAUUACCACGACAUUUUCGGCAGCGCCAAGGACGAAGCGACGUCCCCUAUCCGAGAGAUCACUGUGUCGGCGCCGCUCACUCCUGAAUCGGUGCGGUCUCCGCGGCAUCAGAUGUUCUCGGAUCUCCCGACGCCGGCGUAUCAAGGCACGUUCCAGGAGCAACACAAGCAGCAGCAGCAGCAGCAGCAGCAGCAGCAGAGCGUGGGAUCUUCCAACUACGACACGGGUUUCAUUCCGAUGCAGCCCAGCUACGACAGUGCAGGGUAUGGGUACGGAGAGGGGUACGGAAGCCUGAACAGCGCGGCGCUCGCGCCGUCGACGUCGCGGGAGGCUCGAGCUCGCAAGAGGGAAAGCGGAAUGCUCCUGAUGAACAUGGGGCUUGGCGGGCAGCGGAAGAGCUCGCUGCAGAGACUGAGAGAAGAGCCGGGCAUGGUGCAAGAAGAGAGCGCAUUCGAAUGA